GUUUCCCGCGCCCCUAGCCUCGCUUUUGGAGAGCGGGAACGAGCUCGUUCCUCAGCGUCACACUUCCCCUCCACUCCCAUCGGCCGAGGCCGCUGUCUUCACUUCGUCCUCCUCCUCACUGCCCUUACCGCUGGCCAGGUUUGACAAGAUCAGAGCUGCAGGAGAAUGGACAGUGAAGUACAGAGAGAUGGAAGGAUCUUGGAUUUGAUUGAUGAUGCUUGGCGAGAAGAUAAGCUGCCCUACGAGGAUGUGGCAAUACCACUGAAUGAGCUUCCUGAACCUGAGCAGGACAACGGUGGCACCACAGAAUCUGUUAAAGAACAAGAGAUGAAGUGGACCGACUUGGCCUUACAGUACCUGCACGAGAACGUCCCCCCGGCAGGAAACUGACCCCUGGCUCCCUUCUCAUGGACAGAAAAUUUUUUUUAAUACAGAAUGUUUUCUUUCAGUCUCCUUAUUGAAAUCUUUUAGUGAUCCAACACUCAAAAAUGUACACCCACUUAAUUUGUGGCAGCAAAGUGCAAUGUGGAAAUACCAGAAUGGGAAAUUGGUUGAGAUUUCUCAGGAAUGCAGAAUAUUUGGCUCUUUGAACCUAAAGUUCUUCAUUUGCUAGCUUGUGUUUAAACAUGUUUGGUUAAACAUUUGCCUUUAAUUUUGCUUUACUGUCCGAGUUUAACACUUCCCAUCUGCUUGUGUGUGUCCUGUGACAGGUGCUUGAAGAUAUGAGAGGAAAAGGCGAAGGGAGGGAGCCAGGCUAAGGAGAAUGACUAACUUCCCAUGUACCCCAUUUGGAGACGCAGUCUGAGUGGGUGUGGAGAUGUAUUAGCCAUUCUGAAGCCCAUUCACUGACUGCUGGGAUGCCUGAGAUUCCCCGUGAUGGUUUCAUACCUUGGAUACUUUUAUAAAUUAAACAGAAUCUGACAUUUCCUCUUCUCUCCCCACCACCUUUGAUGCUUCUGGAAAGGAUCUUCAGCUAGAUGAACCACUGGUUUUACCUAGUAAUGGGAUUUACUUUCUCAGAGCCCUUUGAGAUAUAACCAGAACACCAUGGAGCCAGUAUUUAGUUAUAAAUUGUAUGAGAACUUGUACUUUGCAAAACACUUCUGUUACCUCCUUGGAAUUAUUUGCCUCCGUUAA